CCGUAACCAAAAAAUAAAAUAAAAAAAUAAAGAAGAAAUUAAAAAAAUCCCAUAGGUUUACGAAGGGUUUUAGCAAAUGGCAAAUACGACGCCGUAUAAGCAUGUCUUAUCUACAGACAAGUCAGCCAUUGUUGGAGUUUUUCGUCAGCUCUUUGAGUAAGCAUAGUGAACAAUGAUGACCCAUCUCCUCAGUUUGGAGACAUCAAUCUCCGCCAGCACAAAUCUCCCUCUUUUCCACACCCCCUUUUCGCCUUCUAAUGCACUAUUACCCUUUGCUUCUCUCAAAUCACUGCCCCUGCCUUUGGAAAAUUCCAAGAAAUCAGCAUCAAGAACAGCUGCCAAAACCCCCACAACCAAGGUGUUGGCCAGUGGUGUAUCUACUGCGGCGGAAGUAGAGGGAGAAGCUGAUGUUGAGGUGGCUGAGGGGUAUACAAUUACUCAGUUUUGUGAUAAAAUGAUUGAUUUAUUCCUAUAUGAAAAACCCAAGUCAAAAGAUUGGAGAAAAUACUUGGUUUUUAGAGAAGAAUGGAGGAAAUACAAGGAUAGAUUUUAUAGUAGGUGUCGAAUUCGAGCUGAUAAAGAAGCCGAUUCUCAGAUGAAGGAGAAAUUAAUUAGCUUGGCUAGAAAAGUUAGGAAGAUUGAUGAUGAAAUGGAAAGGCAUGGUGAACUUCUCAAAGAGAUACAAGAUAACCCGAGGGAUUUAAAUGCAAUUGUUACAAAGAGGCGCAAGGACUUUACUGGUGAAUUCUUUCGGCAUUUGACUUUGCUUUCAGAAACUUAUGACAGCUUGGAGGACCGAGAUGCAUUUGCUAGACUCGGGACCAGAUGCUUGUCUGCAGUCAGUGCCUAUGAUAACACACUGGAGAUUGUGGGAACAUUAGAUACUGCCCAGGCCAAAUUUGAUGACAUCUUGAACUCUCCAUCGGUGGAUGCAGCAUGUGACAAGAUAAAAAGCCUUGCCAAGAGUAAAGAACUUGACUCUUCUUUGGUGCUGCUGAUAAAUGGUGCUUGGGCUUCAGCAAAAGAAUCCUCUACUGUGAGAAAUGAGGUAAAGGAGAUCAUGCAUCGUCUAUACAAGGCUACACAGAGUAGUCUAAGGAGCAUGGCACCAAAAGAAAUAAAGCUGCUUAAGUACUUGCUAAACAUCACAGAUCCUGAAGAACGAUUCUCAGCAUUGGCAACAGCUUUCAGCCCUGGUCAUGAACACGACGCCAAGGAUCCCAGUGCUAUCUACACAACUCCAAAAGAGCUGCACAAGUGGAUCCAAAUCAUGCUCGAUGCAUACAACCUGAAUAAAGAAGAGACUGAAAUUAGAGAAGCGAAACAGUUGAAUCAACCUGUUGUCAUUCAGAGACUUUUCAUUCUGAAGGAGACAAUUGAAGCAGAAUAUUUGGAAAAAGAAGCUAAUGCGGAGAAAGAUGAAAAACCAGAAGAAACUGUGAUAUGACAACUUAGUCCACCGGCGUAUGUAUCUGUUGCUUGCCGCCAAUUUUUGUUACUGUGACUUAUGAAUCUCCUUCAGCAUGCAGGUUUGCAAUGCAUAGGAUGGUUGUGCAAUACUGAAGGCCUUAUUUAUGUAUAGUUGGUUUUGUAGAAAUAGCAGAGUUAUUUUCCCUUUUUACUUCUUGUAAUUUUCUCUUCUGGUAGAAAACUUCUUAUAUUUUAAAAAACCUUGGCAGAAGUUCUCCGUAUUAGAUUCAUAAUCUAAUAAAUCUUUAAAUUAAUUACAGUACCCAAAAAAAAGUAAGAGUUAAAAUUAAAUAACUCGUUGGGUGGGAGUACAUUUUAUUUUUGAUCCA